AUGGAAUUGAAGCAUCUCAUCAUCGGCUUGGCCAUUGCCUUCAUUAGCUACCUCGUCGUAGAGCAGCGGCGACCUAAGAAAGGCGUCCAAGAGCCCCCUGACCACCCUGCAAGGAUUCCACUUAUCGGACACAUCAUUGGAUUCGCUCGCGAUGGCCUUGGAUACUUUGGAAAAGGAGCUUGUGAGGGAUCUGACGAGGCCAUUGUGACGAUCAAUUUCCUCGUUACUAAGGUCUACUUGGUAAACAAGUCCAGUGCAGUUGCUCAAGUCCAGAGAAAUGCAAGGGUCAUCACAUUUGACCCUUUCAUUGAUUCCGCAGCGGAACGUAUGGCAAGUGUUUCGCGCAAAGGCCUGAAGUUGCUCACAGCCAAAGAGAAUGGGGGUGGUGAUCUGAAUCGAAAGAUCAUCAAAGCUAUGCACCCUGCUCUUCUCGGUGCAGGCCUCGAUGUGGCAAAUCGAAACAUGGUCAACAACCUUGUCAAGUCGGUGAACGAGCUUGAUACUCUGAACGGCAAGAGCUUCGAUCUCUACGCGUGGGCUAGACAUGCUAUCACCAUCGCAAGUACUGAUGCCGUUUGGGGCGAGAAGAACCCGAUCAGAGAUCCCAAGAUCGAAGAAGCUUUCUGGGACUUCGAAAUGAACCUGCGCCUCUUGGUAGUCAACAUCUUUCCUUCGAUCAUCGCACGCAAAGCGUAUCUUGGACGAGAAAAGGUCGUGGCUGCUUUCGUGAAGUACUACAACGAGGGUGGUCAGAAAGUAGCCUCGGAACUGGCCCAAGCACGUUGGAACGUUCAGCACGAGAAUGGCGCCAGCACUGAGGAUAUUUCUCGCAUGGAGACCGCAACUGUGCUCGGCGUGGUGUCGAAUACAACACCCUCGUCUUUCUGGAUGCUUUACGACGUGUACUCACGCCCUGCCCUAUUAGCCCAACUUCGCGAUGAGGUGCGUGAGCAUGCUCUCAAGAAGAAUGAGUCCGGAGAGAUGAUUAUCGACCUUGCUGCCAUGAGAGACAAUUGUCCAAAUCUUUUGGCCACCUUCCAGGAAAUUCUCCGCACCCGCUCGACCGUUUCGCCCACUCGCUUUGUGAUGGAUGAUAUAGUGCUAAGCGACAAAUAUUUGUUGAAGAAAGGCCGUGUCCUUGUGAUGCCUGGGAUGAGCAUGAACUACGAACCAGGUAUCUGGGGCGAGGACUCCAGAACUUUCGACCCUACACGCUUCAAGAAGGAACAUCUGAAACAAAGACCAACCAGUUUCAUGUCAUUCGGUGCAAGCCCAAGCCUGUGUCCCGGCCGUCAUUUCGCAAGCGGCGAGAUUUUGGGUAUGGCCGCUAUGAUGAUGUUGCGCUACGACAUCACUCCGGUUGGUGGAAAGUGGGUUGUGCCUAAAUUUUGGAAGGACGCCCUUGCUGCUUCUUUACCAUCUCUUGCUGAGCCAUUCAAUGUCACAAUUACGCCUAGGGACGAGUUCGUUAACAUGACGUGGGCGUACGAGUCGACUGAUGGAAAGGGCAAGUUCCCUCUGAUCACUGGAUAA